GUUGGGUCUGGCGCGCGCCCGGGGCGGCUGCGCGCGGCGGGGGGCUGUAGGGCUUCGCGCCGGCCGGAGUGGACGCCGCCGCGGCCGCCAUGCAGCUAACAGUGAAGGCGCUCCAGGGCCGCGAGUGCGAUCUGCAGGUGUCGGAGGACGAGCUGGUGUCCACGCUGAAACAUCUGGUCUCCGAGAGGCUGAACAUCCCUGUCCGCCAGCAGCGGCUGCUGUUCAAGGGCAAGGCCCUAGCAGAUGGGAAAAGACUCUCCGAUUACAGCAUUGGGCCCAAUUCCAAGCUCAACCUAGUGGUCAAACCUCUGGAGAAGGUGUUACUGGAAGAAAGCAGCGAGCGGACAGUGGCCGAGGCCCCGCCCCCACCCCCAGCCGCCUGGCCUCUAAUCUCCAAAGUCCUGGCCCGUCACUUCAGCGCCGCAGAUGCCAGCAGAGUCCUGGACCAACUCCAGAGGGAUUAUGAGAGGUCCCUGAGCCGCCUGACGCUGGAUGACAUCGAACGCUUGGCUGGCCGUUUCUUGCACCCUGAAGUGACUGAAGCUAUGGAGAAGGGGUUCUCCAAGUAGGAUUCUCGGAGUGUGGGGAGGAGCCGGGCCAGGCCACAAGCUGCAUGUAGCAUUAAAUGUGUUCUCAUGUUGCAAUUCGGCUCAUAAUACUAGCUGGCGGGUACGCGGGUACCUGUAUCCGGCUCUUGACCUGGGUUUGCUCCCACGUUUGGCGCUAGUGCUGAAGUGGGAGAGCCACAAUCUGAGUCCAGCCAGCUUCUAGAAGUGCCUCAGGGUGAGAGGGUUGUUUAGAAGGGUUCUGAGGGGUGGGCUUUGGCAUUCCAUGUUCAGCCCACUGAGGAUAAACCCUCGAGCAAUACCUUUCCAGGCCUGAAAGGGGAAGCAGCUGGCCCCUGCUGCCCAGUCCUGUCACCUCGCCUCUGGCAGGUCCGGCAUUGGCAGGUCAAGUGACAGCCAGCCUUGGGCCCCCUCAGGCUGCUGUCACCAGUGUGCACUCGAUGAAGGGAAAGCGUGUUGGGGGUCUGGGACGUCACCCAGCUCUGGGGUGUUACCUUAGGCAAGUCCCUGUGCCAUGUUGGUCCCCAGCCAUUGACUCUGCACAGUGAGGGCCACUCCUUAAACCUCAGUUUCCUUUACCCCCAACCCCCCGGGGUCGGGAGUCUGCAGCCAUCCUCCCUCUUGUGUCCCAGAUACAAAGUGAGGCCAAAAGCUGAGUGAUGGCCAAGCGUGGCCCAGAGAUGGGGUGCCCUGGCCCUUAGUGUCACAGCUUUUCUCUGGGCACCCCCUCUGCUUGUCUCCUCCUGGACACGGGCGGUCCUCGACCCUUAGAGAUGACAGGUGAUGGGCUCGAGCUUACUCAGCCAGGCCCCUACACCCUGCGCUCACCCACAGUGUGAAAGUAGACCCUUCCCCUGCUGCGUGUGUACAGGGGCUUUCGCUGUGCACGCCGCUCACUGCCUGACAAGGAACCUCGAGGGGCCAGGGAGGGGCAGAAGCCGCUGGCGGGUGGGCCCUAGAGAUCAUCGAGGCACCUGCUCCUCGGAGGAGGGCGCCUGGGCCGCCCUCCCGCCUGGGCCUCGUGGGGUAAGCGCCGGGUCCCCGGGCUGGGAGGACGGACAGAGGCCUGACGGGCAAAGGCUUUGAAGAACAGAUGGAAGGCCCCGGCCCCGCCCAGCAGCAGGGCCUGUGUGAUAGACUUGCCUACACUCUCAUUUCUCUUCAGUCAGGAAGGUUUAUACUGACACUUCCAGUCGCACUAGAGGUGAAUGUGAGACUUUGAUCUGAAAGGAACUGUAUUAGCUGGGCGGCUUUUGGUUUCCAGUAAUUGAUUUAACCGUAGAGGAAGUUGGUUUAAAGCAAUAAAGGAAAUGUACUGGUUUACGAAACUGAGAAGUCCAGGGGUAUUGGCAGCAGAUAAACAGUUUCACCAAAUACCCAGUUUCUUCCUACCUCCCCUCUGCACUCUGCAGCGUCUGCUUCAUCCCAGGCCUCUGCCUCAGGAUCAGAAGAUGGUUGCCUGCAGCUUCCACCAAAUCCCUCGAUCACAGCCAGCAAGGAGCACCUUUCCGACCUGUAGCAUAGCUUCUUUCUCAGAUGCCCCCAGCAAAUAAACGCUGUCCUUUCAUUGGUCAGAA